UAUAAAGCCUCGCAGCUCAUACAAUUAAGUACAUGUAUUUUCAAAACUGAAGUUUAUUGAUAUUUACAUUCUUAUUUCAUUUCUGUCGUAAUUCCCAGUCGUUAAAAUAGAUAUACUAUAUUUAUCAAGAUUUAUAUUGUUUACAACUUGCAGAGCAUUCAUGAGGAAAUGGUUAUCACUACAAUUGAUAAGAUGAAAUGUAAGUUAAUACUUCGUUUUGAAUUUCAGGAGGAAUGCAUGGAAGAGACCAUUGUGGAAGAGAGCAUUAACGAGGAAGAAACGGAAGAGAUCGCUAAAGACAAAGAAGAUAUCAGUAAAAAGGAGGGCAAGGAAGGGACCAGUAAAGAGGAUUGCAUGGAAGGGAUAUUUAAUGUAGAAGGCAUAGAAGAGACGGAAGGCGUGGUCAUUAAGAAGGAAGACAUAAAGGAGACUAUUCAAGAAACUCAGAGAAUAACACAGUAUGACCACGUGGAUGGAGAAAAUGAAGAGGAGGAAAAUGAAAACCCUUACAUUAGACUGAUGACAAGUCCUUUAAUUCUGGAAGGACUUUUAUUAAAGAAUCAAGAAGACAACACCAAAAAAAGCAGCAAAGAAAGUAAAAUGCCGAGAGACGACGUUGGAACAUUGAGCAAAUUUCUGUCUGCCGAUAAGAAGAAGAAAGGAAAGGAACAGAAAAACCAGGAGAAAAAAGCAAAGAAAGAGAGACGAGUCAUGUUGUUAUUUUUUCAAUUGUUUGGGAGAUAA